AUGUCGAUGCGGAUUUUGAAGUCUCGCUUGUUUGUCGGUGUGGUAUCUUUCUUCUUAGGUGCACUGUUGGUCUUUCACGGUGUGAAAAGAAAGAACACCGCGAGCUGCUCCCGAGCUCCUGUCUCGGAUUUGAACACCACACUUGCGACAUUUGGACACUACAUUGAACACUAUAAUGACGAGAGAUAUUUGGGGAAACAAGACACGUUCGAUCCACCAGCGCGAAAGCCAGGAUAUACUUACAGAUCAACGACGUAUCAAGCUGUAUACGAUAAAACGUGGACGAGUGGCGGUUACCCGGCCCAGUCGUGCUGGGGGUGUCGCUUUGCUACAGAUGUGAUAGCGAAGUUGAAGUUUCAUACAAUUUUAGAUGCAGGCACGGGGAAUGGUGCUUUAACCCGCUUGAUGCGGCAGUAUGGUAAAAAUGCGUAUGGGAUCGAGUUGUCUCGUGCAGCUUUGGAGAAAGAGUGUCCAGAUUUGUUAUCAAAAAAUUACGUAGAAGCAGGAAUCUUGACGAACUUGCCCUACGAAGAUAACUCGUUCGAUUUAGUCAUGAGCUCUGACGUCCUUGAACAUAUCGACCCGGCAGAAGCAGAUGCGGUGGUAAAAGAGUUGGUUCGGGUUUCACGCAGGCAUCUUUUUCUGUCUAUUUCUCUGAAAAACAAUGGAGCUCCGAAAGGUGAGGCUGAACACACGUUACUUCGUCCAAGAGUUUGGUGGCAUAAACUAUUUCAGAAACAUGGCGCUGUUGUUAACGAAGAGUUUCUUUGGGCCAUGCAAGAGAAAGACUCUCAAUAUAUAACUGAGAACCAAAAGAACUGUAGACAGGAAGGUGACGAAAGUGAUGGUGGACUUUUUGAGGUUUGCUCCGUUUCAAAUACAUGGUUAGUUGGGAAAAGGGAACAAAGAAAUGUGCGAAUGCAUAGAUCUGUUACAGAAAAUGGAGAACUUGAGCCCUGGUUCUUUGCGUUUAGAAAAACUUAUGUUUCCAUGGAAAAAAUCGCACACAUUAAGUUAACAUCGGGAUGUAAGUACGGUGUUUUUCAUUGUAAGAUAAAAAAUACAUUGGAGUAUUUAGAAAAACAAACCUCGCUCGAACUUCGCGAUUUGGUUCUUUUCCACGACGCAUUCGAUGUAUUGUUCUUUCAGAAACCAGAAACGGCGCGCGAACGAUGGGAAGAGUUGGUGCAUGAUAAUAAAUGGAAUCGGUCACAAGUUGUGUUGUUCAAUGCAGAAUCCAACUGUUACCCUAACACCACUGCUUGUGAUGUUCAACGAAAAAGAUACGCGUCUUCAGCCACACACAUGGUUUCUGGUUCCAAAGAAGUUGUGUCUUGGUUGAACAGUGGUGUGUACAUGGGCACAAUUGAUGCCGUCAUACAUAUGCUUCGUUCUGCGAAUGCCCUUUAUUCUUCUGGACAAAAUUGGUGGGGGGGAGACCAACAUGUCUUUCAUGAACUCUGUUAUAUGUCCGCUGUACAUUCCGACUUUGAGUGUAUGCUUGAUGUGUCGCAGACCAUGUUUAGAACGGCGUAUCCAUACGACAACUCAAAUGUUGGCCCUGGAAAAUCAUCGUUGAUUAUUAAACGGUGGGCGGAUGUUGCCCGAGACAGUGCCGUGACAAUACAUUUCAACGGAAAGGCAGGCAAUGAUGACUUUAUAGAAUGGAUACUAAAGGAAUUAGUUAGUUAA